UCAGAGGUAAACCCACUUCCGGAAGUGGGUACCUUUGGCCAAUCGGAAGAAGAAGAAGUUCAGAGGUCAAAGAAAAGAGACAGAAGAAGAACAAACAUUUCAAACGGGAUAUUUUACCACAUUUACCGCAACAAAGUGACAUAUCAGCAUCAGGUGAAAGACCCUCAGACUCCUGCAGCAGCAGUAGAGAAAGAGACCAGCCCUGUACAUCGGAUGUGCUACCCUCAGACUCCUGCAGCAGCAGUAGAGAAAGAGACCAGCCCUGUACAUCAGAUGGGCUACAAGGCAUCAAAGCCAGAUGAGACGAACGCACAGGUGAAAGACCCUCAGACUUCUGCAGCAGCAGUAGAGAAAGAGACCAGCCCUGUACAUCAGAUUUGCUACCCUCAGACUCCUGCAGCAGCAGUAGAGAAAGAGACCAGCCCUGUACAUCAGAUGUGCUGCAAGGCAUCAAAGCCAGAUGAGACGAACGCACAGAGAUUCCUGCGAAGAGGCUGACGAACACAAGUAUGGUGGCCUGUGUUGAACCCUGAUCCUGGGACGUUCACAUGGACUCCUGCCCUGUAGUGAAAAAAUGCACUCCAGUGGUUUAUUGGUCUAGUUCAUGGGGAGGUCUCCUGGUUACAGUGACUGUGUGGCUGGUGAACAGUGCACACAGAGUGAGGGAGGCUGGAGCAUGUCAGACAUCUGAGCCUGUGUCACAUCAGAUCACGGAGACUGACACAGUGUUUAUACAGAGAAGAGACCAGAGCUGCUCUGGACUCAGCAGUGUAUGUAUGGAGAGGCAGGUGGUGAAGCGGGCCAAGGAGGCCUUCUUGAGCGGCAGGACCCGGCCUCUGGAGUUCAGGCUGCAGCAGCUUCAAGCCCUGCAGAGAAUGAUCACUGAGAAAGAGACUGAGAUUUCCACUGCUCUCAAACAGGACAUCAACAGGAGCCAGUAUGACACACCACUCCUGGAGCUGAUCGGUAUUGAGAAUGAGAUCAAGUUGGCAAUAGAGAAACUGGCAGAGUGGGCAGCUCCUCGGCACGUGGAGAAGAACCUCCUCACUAUAUCAGAUGAGGUGUAUAUUCAGCCAGAGCCCCUGGGAGUGGUCCUCAUAAUUGGAGCCUGGAACUACCCCUGGGCUGUCACUCUGCUGCCCCUGAUUGGAGCAAUAGCUGCAGGCAAUGCAGCUGUGGUGAAGCCGUCCGAGCUCAGCGAGUAUUCUUCCCUCCUCCUCCGAGCCCUGCUGCCUCGCUAUCUUGACAAGGACCUGUUUCCAGUAGUAACAGGUGGUGUGUCAGAGACCCAGGAGCUGCUGAGGCUGAGGUUUGACCAUAUCUUCUACACAGGAAGCAGCAUAGUUGGCAAACAGGUGAUGGAGGCUGCAGCUCGCCACCUCACCCCAGUGACUCUGGAACUGGGAGGGAAGAGUCCCUGUUACGUUGACAAGAACUGUGACAUCAGAAUCGCCUGCCGUCGUAUCACAUGGGGAAAGUUUGCCAACUGUGGUCAGACCUGCAUCGCUCCAGACUACAUCCUGUGUGAACCCUGCAUCCAGGGACAAGUUGUGGAACGCAUCCGGCAAACUCUGCUGGAGUUUUAUGGUGCUGAUCCCAAAUGCUCACCCGACUACGGCCGAGUCAUCAACCAGUGUCACUUCAACAGAGUGAUGAGUCUGAUGGAAGGUUACACUCCUGUGGUGGGAGGCCAGAGCGAUGCUUCACAGUGCUACAUUGCCCCAACAGUGCUGAAGGACGUGCCCCCCCACUCCAGACUGAUGCAGGAGGAGAUCUUUGGCCCUCUGCUGCCCAUAGUGACUGUGAGUGACAUGGAUGAUGCCAUUCGCUUCAUCAAUGAGAGGGAGAAACCUCUGGCCCUGUACAUCUUCUGUACUGAUAAGAAGGCUACAAAGAGGAUGAUCGAGGAGACCACGAGUGGAGGAGUGACAGUCAACGACGUGAUGAUGCACUACACAGUCAGCUCUCUCCCGUUUGGUGGUGUUGGUCAGAGUGGUAUGGGCCGCUACCAUGGCAAACACUCCUUCGACCAGCUUAGCCACCAGAGGGCAUGUCUUGUCCGAUCCCUGGGCAUGGAGAAUGUCAACCUGGCUCGUUACCCUCCUCAGGACCGCCGGCGGGCACGUAGGGUGCGUAUGGCCCUCAGGUCACCUCUGAUCGACACGUCCAAGCGGACGUUCAUCUGGGCUGUGUUUGCCACUAUCAUUGGCUUUGGCCUGUUCAUCACCCUCCUUGUCAUCCUGCUCAUAGCUGCAGGCCUCAACUGCACCUGCUGGUACUGGAGAGGCUUUUAUAACUAAAUACACUGCAACUGUCCCUCUUUGUAAGUUCUGGGCAAACAAGAAAAUGCCUGCAAUGUGUGUCCCAUGUUAAGAACACAUCUGAAUCCUGUUUUACAUUCAGAUAUAUUGAAUAUAAAAAUGAGGGUAAACCUUAGAUCUAACUUAUAUUUGUGUCUUAUUUUGUAUCUGACAAUGUUCUAAUUCCUUCAGAAAUAUGAAUAUAAACAAAUUUGAUCAUGAAGUGACAAAUUGAAGACAAAUUCUACUUACAGUAUUUAAAAAUGAAACAUGUAUGUAUUUUUGCUUUUUUUAUUCGAAAAUAAAAUGAUUGUUCAUGUUA